CUGUUCAGUGCUUUGAUUUGCCGGGGAGCUUUGAAGGAUCUUGCUGGUUCAUCAAUAUGCUCUGCUAAGUUUGUUGAUUUUUAUCUGAACCAGCCGGCAGAUUCGGCCAUCGACAUGUUUGAUAAACCUGGAGGUGACGAAGAUCGGCCUCGUUUUGCUGAUUUUGUUAGCGAUUCGAUGUUGUUCUUUGACCUUGUUUGGUAGUAAAACCCGCAAUCUUAAUACGCAGAGGCGAUCAGAUAUCUGAGCGAACGAUUUAUUGUGCAGCUUCAGAGGGAAUUAAUAACAUUGGAACUGUGAAAAAAAAUCAUUCAUCAAGAAGCCCUGAUUGUGAGAAGAUGCAAAAAAGUAGCAUAGCCACUGCUUUGCGAGAAGCUAAUCCACGGAUGACAUUGAAGCACAUGGUACCAUCAAAGACUCUUCGACUGAGCCCGAAUCAUUCGGGAGAAAUACUGUCUUUUGUAAUAAAAGUUGCAGCGCUGGAGGCAGUAAGGAGGUUCUCGAAAGCAAGAUGUCCUAUUUUAUGGCGGUCUGUACAAGCAUUUCAAAUUCUCAGUUAUCCGCCGCUUAAAUGGCUGCAGAAGUGGGGUCCACUAAGGCUAAUAAUCAGAGGCGCACAGAGCAUUUCAAGGCCGCUGCUGCUUCUUUCAAUUGCAACAGCUUUCUCCAAUGAUUCAGAAAAUUGUAGGGUAACCAGUGACGGGGUUGAUAACGGGGUUGAUGAAUCACAGCCCUUAGCUGAACCACUUUGCAGAUCUUCAACUUCUGAUAGCUUGCAAUCUGAAGAAUCCUCUAAGCAUAUUGUUCCUGAUAAUUGGCUUCUACAGCUUUUUGCAGAGCUGGAAAAGCAAGGAAUUUCCUUACCUGAAAGGUUCAAUGUAGAUGAACUUCGUAGAUUCUAUACUGCUGCAAAUGGUGACCUUGCAUGCUUGGUAUCGUCGCUCAAGAAAACCAUUCGAUGGAGGGAGUCAUACAAUAUACUCUCAUCACAAGAGCUCGAAGUUUGGUCACAUUUGGUUUUUUGGCACGGAUUUGAUGUGAUGCUACGACCCUGCCUGGUCGUUCGUCUUGGACUUGCGUGCUCCACUUUGGCUCCUCAUGACAGGCCACGCUUUGCUCAAGCUGUUG